AUCUACAUGCAAAUAUACAUCCGUGAAUAUGAAAUAUUGUUAGAACAUACGACUUAUUCAUAUACACGAAGACAGCAAAACAAUGUUUAAAAAAACGCUUUUAACAAAACUUUAGACCACAUGAGUAUUGAUUGUAAUGUGUAUGAUAAUAAACAUGUAUUAUUAUUGUUUAUUAUUAUGAAUUAUUCGUAUUUAAAGGGGGAGUAACACUUUUUCAUGAAUCAAUGUCAUUAAUAUCCACAAAUCUAUCUAUUAUGACUGCACCGAACAAACUGUUAAAAAAGGGAUAAGUCUUGGUUGUCCUGUCCAGCAGGGCGACACCAUGGUCAUUAUGGGAAAUGUAGUUUUUUGACGACAUGCGCUAAAAGACCCCAGUGCAGCUCCCAAACUGUUUAAAAUCAGUUAUUUCGCCCAGGAUGUAACCAUAUAACUGAUUUAAACCCUGUAAAUAUAAAACAUUUACUACCAGUCAGUAUGUGUUACAGCCCAGUGGUUAAAAUAAAGCCAUGCCAAUGUGAUUUUCAGUAACUGUGGAUUUUUUUUCACCCUGCGGUUGAAGUAAAACGCUCGAUCCGAUCACUGCUUUCACAGAAAGAAAUUAUUUAAUUAUCACUGUUAUGAUUCCGUGAAACUGGGUGGGCUAAUCCAGUUUUUGGCAAAAUGACAGCAAGGAAUCAAAGCGCUGGUGAACAUGAUGAGUCACAUCUGGAGGGAAGAAGGAGAGAGAAAAAAAGGUGGGAGAGGAGAAAAGUGGGAUUGUUGGUGAGGGUGAGUCUCAGUCCUCAGAGGUUUUACAACAUGGACCAUGAACACCAGGAAUGAGACUGACCACCAACACCACCCAUUUUACUCUCUGAUGUUGCUGAAGCGAACAUGAAAUAUGGCUCUCCUAAGAAAAAUUAACCGGGUCCUCCUGGUGCUGCUGGUGCUGAUGGUGUGUCUCCUCCUGCACAGUACACUGCUCAGAGCCUCCACCCGGCCCAAACACUCAGAUCACUGGAAGAGCGUCGGAGUCGCAGCGCAAGCUCCCGCAGUCAGAGUGUCAGAGGAGGAUGUCGUCCCCGUCAUCAUCUGUGCAUCGGAGGAACGUAUGGGCGCAUCCAUGGCAACCAUCAACAGCGUCUUUCACAACACAGACGCCAGUGUGUUCUUCUAUAUUGUUACUCUCCGUGAUGCUGUGAAACUGACCAGGCAGUAUAUAGAGAGGACUGAACUGAAACGCAUCAGGUAUAAGAUACUGGAGUUUAACCCCAUGGUCCUACGAGGAAAGGUGAGGCCAGAUUCCUCACGACCUGACCUGUUACAUCCGCUUAACUUUGUGCGCUUUUACUUGCCUCUGCUUGACAUCAGCCAUAAGAGGGUGAUAUACUUAGACGAUGAUGUCAUCGUGCAGGGUGAUAUCAAGGAUCUGUUUGAUAUCAAACUGAAGCCUGGUCAUGCUGCUGCUUUCGCCACUGACUGUGACCUGCCCUCCACCCAUGAGAUGGUGCGCAGCAUCGGCAUGCAGACAACCUACAUGGGCUUCCUGGACUACAGGAAAAAGGAAGUGAAAGAUCUGGGCAUCCACCCCGGAGACUGCUCCUUCAACCCUGGAGUGUUUGUGGCAGAUAUCAGCGAAUGGAAGAAACAGAAGAUCACCAAACAGCUGGAGAAAUGGAUGGAGGAGAAUUUCAGACAGAACAUAUACAGCAGUGCUAUGGCAGGAGGCGUGGCAACUCCACCCAUGCUCAUAGUCUUUCAUGACAAAUACACAACACUGGACCCACUGUGGCACGUCAGACACCUGGGCUGGAGUCCAGAUGCCAGUUACUCAGACAACGUCCUACAGGAGGCACAUCUGCUGCACUGGAACGGCCCAUUUAAACCGUGGAAUUACCCCGCUGUUCACAUGGAUCUGUGGGAUAGGUGGUUCAUCCCAGAUCCCUCCGGAAAAUUCUCCUUGGUACGACCUGAGAGCAACAGCUGAAGUCUGUGGAACAUACCAUGUUUGAGCCACAGGGGGGACAUGAAGCAUGUGAAUGUUCAGGACUUACUUGAACAGUAGAAGGUGUAACAGGAAAUGUGCAGUGAAUUUAAAACUGAUGAAACCUUUGUCGAACAUUGUAGGAGAAACAGUGUUGACAGAGUGAGCGCUGAUAAAUACACAAAAUGUGACUCAUCUGUUGGAAGUGACAGGUAACUGUAAAGAUAUUAAAUAUUACAUGUAGGACGGUGUUUAAAGGUAAAGUGAGAAGCAGUUUGAAGACAUUCAUUGUGUUAAGCAAGAAAGUGUUUCUCUCAAAACCUGAAGUAAAUAUUCAGACCUCCAAUUUUCACAUUUUCUCAUCUUUAUUGGGUUUAAUGAGUGUAAAAACUGUACGAUAACUGUGAAAACUAAAUAAAUAAAUAUAAAACAGCCCAGAAGAUGAAUCCUAAUGAC